GCUGACGGCUUACCAGAACGGUGCGUCGGCAAUUUGGUCUCAAACCAUGGAGCGCGGCAGCUUGACGGAGACCCUGCGACGAUCGAGGCCUUGCCAGAGGUGGUUGCAGCUGUGGGUGACCGCAUGGAAAUCUACUUGGACGGCGGCGUGCGUACGGGAGCCGACGCUGUGAAGGCGUUGAGCAUCGGUGCCCGUGCGGUCUUCGUCGGUAGGCCGGUACUCUGGGGACUCUCUUACAAGGGAAAAGAAGGUGUCGACCAGGUUCUGGAUAUUCUUAGGAGCGAAUUCAAUCGAACUAUUCAGCUACUAGGUGUUCCUGAUGCCAAGAACUUGUGCACAGACUUUGUCGUUCGCGAACAAUACUACUCCCAGCCACUCCAGAGAAACUGCGCUCCGAGACAUCCCUGGGGCGACUGGGUUGCGUAUAAGGUUGCUGUGUAGCGUUUGGCCUGAGUGAUCGAGGAUGUCAUAUUCGCAUACAUACAAUCUUCACAAACACUUUCAACAUCUUUCAU